CUGCGCGAAAGGGCGGAAGUGGCUUACUCCGGGAGCGCCGGGCGUGCAGAUGGGGGGACCCGGGCGCCGAGGUGCUGCGCCGACGGGGUCGGCGGGGCCUGGGGGUCCUGGGCGGCCGCACGGGCGGCAGCAGCAGCUGCGGGGGAAGCAGCGCCCAGCGCCGUGGCCCGGACCACGCAGCAAAGAAAAAAAGAAAGUGAAUUGCAAGCCCAAGAACCAGGAUGAACAGGAAAUCCCCUUCCGACUCCGAGAGAUUAUGAGGAGCCGCCAGGAGAUGAAAAAUCCCAUCAGUAACAAAAAGAGGAAGAAAGAAGCCCAGGUGGCCUUCAGGAAGACAUUGGAGAAGGAAGCAAAGGGAGCGGAGCCGGACAUCGCUGUCCCCAAAUUCAAGCAGAGGAAGUGGGAGUCUGACGGGGCCUACAUCCGGCGAAUGGAGCAGGAGACCCAGCACGUGCUCUUCCUCAGCAAGAGCCAGGCGGCCCGGCAGCCCGAGGUGCAGGCGGCUCCCAAGAAGGAGAAGUCGGAGCGGAAGAAAGCGUUUCAGAAACGGCGACUGGAUAGAGUCCGGCGGAGGAGGGAGGAGAAGGCAGCAGAAAGGCUGGAGCAGGAGCUGCUCCGAGACACGGUGAAGUUUGGCGAGGUUGCCCUGCAGCCCCCAGAGCUGACCGCCCAGCCCAGGACAAGCACAAGCCGGGGCCAGCCUGGGAAGAAGUCGCUGAUGCUGAGGAUGCUUCUGAGUCCUACUGGCGUGUCCCAGCCUCUGACCACAUCGCUGGCCCGACAGCGGAUUAUUGGGGAGGAGAGAGAGCGGGCCGUGCGGGCCUACAGGGCGCUCAAGCAGCAGCGGCAGGGGGCUCCUCAGUCACCGCAGCCGCCCUGUUCCCCGCACCUCACUUCCGGGAAGAAGGCAGAGACACGUCUGUGACCUCGAGACCAGGGCCUCCACAGCUGGGUUUGGGGAGGACAGGUAGAUGGCCCGGAACACACGCUGGGACUCCCAGGCCUCCUAUGUACUUGCUGGCCAGCGCAGAAGAGGGCUCCAGGCCUUGGCUCUCAUUUUUUCUCCCUAAGAUGGCUCUUCUGCGAGUGACCAUCUGCUAGGCUGUCUCACACGGAGCACGGUCUGUCCCAAGUCCCCAUAGAGUGGCCAGCUCCCGUUUGGGACACAGCCAGUCAGGCACACCUGGCAUUGUUCCACUGAAGCUAGCAUCAUCGUAGCUUUGUUCUGAAGACACGGGUCCAGGCUCAGAUACCCCAGGACCACUUUAGGGAGGGAGGACGAUCCCGUAAUUCUGUCCUGAAAUGCAGUCCACUGGAGACACUGCAGACUUGGUAAGCUGAACCCAUAGCUACAGCUCUGUGUGGUCCAGUGGCGCAGCACGGCUGGAAGCGCGGGCUGGAGGGGGCUGUGGAGGGCAGAGGUCAGCGUCCGGGCUGCCGGGAUCUGCUCCUGGCACCUUAUCCCUGCAGAGGCAGGUGGAGCCCCCCCACCCCCCCGGGUUUCACUGGGAUGUGGAGACCGGACACCGCCCACCGAGUGGGUUUGAGGUCUGUGUUCUUAAGGUCUUUGGGGAAAGAGGAGCCGGUCUGAGGCAGCUCAAGGGCAAGGACAGGACCGUGGCUCAGGACCUUCCUGUGGCUAAAAGGGCUACGUGGGGAAUUCCUGCCAACCGCAGGGCCUGGUGAGGUGUGAACCUUCCACCAGAGCCACAGGAGGGAGCACCCAGACGUUACCAGUGUGCUCAGCUGUGGGGCUCUCAGCAGUCGAGCAGAGUCCUCCUGCUCCUGUCCUCGUGAGGACAGCACCCGGCUCCUUCCUCGCGCUCGCACAGCUCGGGAAAUGCUACUCCUCAGCCUUGGUCAGGGCGGCCCUACAAAAAGCGGGUAGUGCGCCUCUGGGGGAUCCUUUGCCCUUCCCCCUCGGUAUCCUCUACAAUGUCUUGGUGUUUGUUUCAGGUUAAAAACUGAGUUGAAGCUA